GCUAGGUGCCCUGCGGCAGGGGCCUCAACUCCGUUCUCCGUCGCCUGUGCCCUUGGUCCAUCUCACCACCACAACCACACCAACUUCACUCAAUCUACAACAUGUCUGGAAAGGGCAGCGGCAAGUCCAAGUCUGGCAAGGCUUCCGGCGAGGCAGCAGCUGGCAAGUCCCAGUCUCGCUCUGCGAAGGCGGGUCUCCAGUUCCCCGUCGGUCGUGUCCACCGUCUCCUCAAGAAGGGCAACUACGCACAGCGCGUUGGUGCUGGUGCACCUGUGUACCUCGCAGCGGUCCUCGAGUACCUUGCUGCCGAGAUUCUCGAGCUUGCGGGUAAUGCGGCUCGCGACAACAAGAAGCAGCGGAUUGUGCCUAGGCACUUGCAGCUUGCUAUCCGGAACGAUGAGGAGUUGAACAAGCUCCUCGGGGACGUCGUCAUCUCGCAAGGAGGUGUUGUGCCCCACAUCAACCCUGAGCUGCUUCCCUCGAAGACAUCAAAGGGCAAGAAGGACAGCCAGGAGGUUUAGAGUGGACGUCGUGUUGUAUUCACCACCGCUGUUGUAUUAUUUAUGUACUAUCUCUUCUAUUCUCGUCUAAUCCGAUUCCCUCUGUACGACCAAG